CUCGUUCACAGUAAAAGUUGUCAAAAAUUCAUUACUCACAGAUGUCGGCAUGAAUAAAGAGAACUUUGCAAAAAUACAAAAGUAAAAUAUCUGAAAAAUUUUAAAAUAAGGAUUUAAUUAGCCAAAAUGACUACCAACGAAAAUAUUAUGGAAGAAAUGUUAGAUCGAGCGACAAAUCCUAGUCGUGAAAAUAUAGAUGAGCUAAGUUCACAGAUGUUUUGUAUGGUCGUGCGGAGUAAUCCAAUCCUCGUAGACAAAGCGCUGAAAAUGAUUAUGACGAAAGUUCGCUCCAAAGAUAUAACUGAAUCCACAAGAGCGAUAAAUUUACUAGAGGAAUGUAUGAGUAAAUGUGGGCCAGAAUUUCAGGCAGAAGUCGCAAAAUUUCGAUUUCUCAAUGAACUCGUUUAUCUUGUUUCAAAAAAGUUUCAAGGUGGGGAAACCCCAGCAGCUAUCAAGAAGCGGAUAAUUGAGUGUCUUUUACUAUGGACAGCCGAGUAUCCUCAAAAAACCAAGAUCCAAGAAGUCUACAAGAAGCUUUGCUUGGAAAACGAAGUGGAUCAAUCAACUACACCCGUUGUGGAGUCUAAGCGUGAAAGCACACUAGGCAUUGACGAAAAAAUGUUAUCUAUGCUCAUUAACAGUAAAGAUCCCGAGAAUUAUAAAAGAGCAAAUUUAUUAAUACAAAAUCGAGUGAAACAAGAUGCCCGUCGCAUGGAUUUUAUGAUACAACAUAAAAGCUUCUUGCAAGAGGUUACAAACACCGUCGAAUUGUUAGAAGAAAUGCUUAACAUGUACGAAACUGAAGGUAAAGAUGUCAAAGAGCAGAGCGAAAGCAUAUCUGUAAUGCGGGAAUUGUAUCAUUCGUGCAAAAAAUAUAAACCGACAAUGGAGCGAUUGCCUACGCUAUUGGAAAGCUGCGACGAAUCAUUAAUUGUUGAUGCAGUAGAAAUUAAUGAUUCCUUACAAAAUGUUAUAAAGCGAUUCAAGACUUCGGUGGGAACACCAACGCAAACCCAGCAAACCAAUAUUUCCUUGGAUAGUACUAUUGAUGCAAAAGUUCCAAAAAAUGCUUCAGAGAAUCCCCUGAAAAGUGGAAAUGCUGAUCUACUAUCAGAUUUAUUUGGCGAUGAAACAAAUGUUGCAUCCUCUUCAACCACGGCAACAUUUUCAUCAAUUGUCGACCUGGAAAUGUUUGGUGCAACUGGAACUUCCGUUGAGAGAAAUGCCGAACCUCCUACUAUUUCAAAUCCACUUGAUGAUUUAAAAUCAAUAUUUGAUGUUGAUUCUGCGUUAAGUGGUGGUGUACCGGCGAAAGCUGAAAACAUCAGUGAUGUAUUUAGCAGUAAUAUAUUAGAACCCACACCUGUGUCUAGUGCCAAAACGGAUCUAUCCAGUGCCUUGAAAGAUGCAGAUGUUGAGGCAGAUAAAAAUUCUUUCCGAAAAAUGCCCACUAUUGACAAAUUGAGUGAAGACCUUUUUCAAGCAUCUUUGCGAGACUUGGAUCGUGUAUACAGUUUUAAAAGAACCCCAGAGAAACACACUUUAAAUGCCUUGGCUGAGGAAAAAUUAAAAUGCAAACCUAUUUCUUUAACACAUUCCAAAAAUUUACAAAAAGAUCAAAAUAACAGUGAAAAUGUGGUACACCAGGAAAAGUCUGAGGAAAAAAUAUCUAACGAAAGAUUUGAGUCAGAUGAUGAUUUAAUAAUAUCGACGAAAAGUGAAAUUUGUGACGCUGAGGCAGCGGAGGCAGAAAUAUCAAAAACAAUUGAUAUUGAAAAUAUUAAAGAAGAAUCGCCUAUUAAACGCCAAACAAUACCUUUAGCUGAUAUUGAGAUAGAUUUGGAUAAAGUAGAACCCGCUCCUGGUGAUCGUGUACUUUGGGACGAUGACGAUAUAAAGGUGAUGUUGACUUUCACUAAGGAUCGACCCAGUAAGGAAGUUUCGGUAAUAGUUAUCUCUGUGAGCAACAAAAGUAAAUUACCAGUGCAGAAUUUUAGAUUCGAUGCCAGUGUACAUAAGCCGUGUAAAGUGCGCUUGUUACCACCAACUUCUGUUACCAUGCCGCCGCAUAAACCAUUUCGCCCUGCAACUCCGAUCAAUCAAGUUAUGUUAUUGCUCAAUCCCACGUGUAAACCGACUGAUGUGACUUGCUUUUUGGGCUACACUCUUGGUGAUGAUCCAGAUCCUAUAAAAGAGUGGAACGUCGCUAAAGAUAUUCCAUAUGUUGAAUAAAAAUGUUGUAAUAGCUUUAAUAAUUAGGAGAAAAAUUUUAAUUGAUUCCGGUUUCCUAUAUUUCGUGCAAAAAACUCCCAAUUUUUUGUAUUAAAAUGGUAUUAAACAUUUUAUUUGCAUCAGCAUGUUUUUAUAAAUAUUAUUAAAUUUAACUUAAUUCGGUAUUCAUUUAGAUUUUAGUUUGUUAUCUAUAUACUUUCAAUAAAAUAGGAGAAAAGUGCUGCUAUCGAAAAGUGGGAAUCGCA